AUGGCUGAAUCUAGCUUCCCUUUCCCUCCAGAUUCGUUCUGUCCACUGUGUGCAGACACGCUGAGAGACCCGGUCACCAUCCCCUGCGGUGACACCUACUGCCUGGAGUGCAUCAAGAUCUACUGGGACCAGUUUGACCACAUGGGCGUGUACAGCUGCCCACAGUGCCGUGCCACUUUCACGCCCCGGCCCGUGCUGAGACGCAAUGUGCCCGACGUGAACCACGAGCCCCUGCGACAGCUUCCUGAGCUCACUCCUUUCCCCCACAUGCAGCGGGAGUCCUUCUGCGAUUUCUGUGUCGGCCGUCGCAACAGGGCCGUAAAGUCGUGUCUCAUGUGCCUGGCCUACUACUGCGAGACACACGUCAAGCCACACUACGAGUCGUCCACCUUCAAGAGGCACAAGCUGGUGGACGAGACGGGCCACCUGGACAGGAAGAUCUGCCCCCAGCAUGAGAAAGGCCUGGAGCUGUUCUGUCGCUCGGACCAGAUGUGUGUCUGCGUGCUGUGUACGGUCAGAGAGCACCGCGGCCACAACAUCACCUCAGCAGAGGAGGAGCGAGUCGAAAAACAAAAAGUCUUGGUGGUCACCCAGUCGGAGGUCCAGUACAUCAUUCAGGAGAGGAUGAAGGAGCUGCAGGAGCUCAAACAUAAUGUGGAUGUUCUCAAAAGUGGUGCCCAGCGAGCACAGGCUGAAAGCGACAAGACGUUCCACGAAAUGCUGCAGGCGGUGGAGCGCUGGAAGGCAGAAAUCAAUCAGAUGAUCACGGCGAACAUGCAGGCAGCGAUGUCGCAGGCGGAGGGCUACUUGGGCCGUCUGGAACAGGAGAUCCAGGAGCUGCAGCGCAGAGACGCAGAGCUACGGCAGAUCCUCGAGACAGAGGACAACAUUCACUUUCUGCAAGAAUUUCCCCACCUGUGUGUCCCUCCUGAAGCCAUGGUGCCCAAAGUGCUCAUCAACCCUCAGUUCUCUUUUGGAGAGAUGAGCAAGACAGCCAUGGAGAUGAAAGAACAUGUGGACAACAUCUGUAAGAAGGAGCUGGGCAAAAUCUCCAAGACAGUGAGUGAAACCCCCGUGUACAUCCUUCUGCCAAGAAAUGGUGACAAACGACUCAAAGUUCCUUCCAGACUCGAUUUUCAGGAGCCAAAAACCAGGACGGACUUCUUAAGAUACUCCUGCAAGCUGUCCUUCGAUCCGAACACAGUUUACAAAGAGCUGGUCCUGUCCGACGGGAACCAGAGGGUCACACGGAAAAAGGCGGUCCAGUUUUACCCAGAUCACCCAGAACGCUUUGACGGCUUCUCUCAGGCGCUGUGCAAGGAGCCUCUGGCUGGUUUCCGGUUUUACUGGGAGGCUGAGUGGAACGGGGAGUUUUCCAUCGGGGUUGCCUACAAGAGCAUCAGUCGGAAGGGGAAGAACUCGCACAGCCUGCUGGGCUACAACGACAAGUCCUGGAGCCUCUUGUGCUCAGACUCGGGCUACUCUGCCUGGCACAACAAAGUAGACCGAGACCUCCCUAAUGCUCCCAGGGCCUCGCGGCUUGGUGUGUACCUGGAUUAUGCAGGCAACACUGUGGCCUUUUAUUCAGUUUCAGAGACUAUGGAGCUUAUCCACAGAUUCAAAGGUCGUUUCAGUGAGCCUUUGUAUGCAGGUUUCGGCGUUGGCUCCUCCGUCACGCUCUGCCAGCUGAAGCAGAAUUCCACAAAUAACUAA